AUGGCACUGAUGGCAGAAUUAUACAAAACAGCCAUUUCUCUAACCUACGAAGAGCAAAGAUUUGACGAACGUAGAACAAACUUGAACUUGUGUAAAUCGAGACUAACUUUCAGUCAACUAGUCAUGGUCAGAUCUAGAUAAACGCUUCCCGCAAACCCUCACGAAAAUUGGUGUUGCAAAUCUACAGAAAAAACGCUGAGACCCACCUUUGAUAUUCUUUCCAUUGAUAAAUGGUACCCCUUUUAUUUCACAUACCUUCAAAAGAACACUGCAUCUCUUUUAAGAUUUAACUGCUGUAACUGGCCUGUCUUUUUUCAAGAAUGAAUAGAUUUUUUUGUCAUUUCGACAGUCUAAGCCAGGAAAAUUAACUCUUUUUAAAAACCCGAAUGACAGAUUUUCCAACACUUACAUAAUGACAUACUACCUUUAACUCGUAAAAUCCCUUGGCCAUUUAUAAAGGAAGUACUCAUGCAUCCUUGGAUAUCGGGUAUUUAUAUAUAUAAAAUAACUUGCUGGUCCGGGCAGAAUGUCCCGGGGGGUACUCCCCUAUAUAAGCCAUAUAGGUAUGUGCUGCCCCAAGGGUAUGGUUUUUGCGCCGUUUUGGUCUGACGUCGGGUAUGGUUUUCGAGAGAAUUACGGCAGUGUAUGAACGUAUUUAUCGUUUCAAUUUAAAAUAAGUAAGGAAGAAAGAGAAAUAUGCGAAUUGGAAAUGGAAUUCAAGAAAUCUUUUUUGUUGCAUUGCUGCUCUAUCUAAGUAAUGGUGACAUGAUUAAUUAGAUCCCAGGUCCGAAAACGGGUAUGGGUUUUACAGGCCAGGUCUGAAAACAAGUGUGAAAAAUGACAUUUUUUGGUCUGGAAUAGGGUCAUGAUUUGGAGAACCGGGCGGUACAGCUCCACCAAGAAUUCCCAGAAGUACCCCCCCGAGCAGAAAGUAUGAGCAAGGGUCCUGCGUGAAUCGUGUGUUGGCGAGCGGGGGGCAAUUAAAUACGGCUUUUACAAGCGUAAAUUACAUGUGUAGCCACUGUUUUAAAGUCUGAAAACAAUGGCCACACUUGUAACAGUUUUAUAAAAUUUACCCCGGGACUUUAGUUUUUUUGUGUCUUGUAUCUUCCCCUACCAAAAACGACAAAAUUGAGCUUUUUUUUUGGUGAGAUUUAGCAAGUGCGGAAGGAGUUUUAACUAGCGAGAAGGGCGCAAAAGUCAAAGCGAAAGCAAAUAAGGUUACCCUCUUUCGCUCUCACUGCUCAGUGAUUGCGUUUUGGUCGCAUCCAGAAACGCUUGGUAUUAUCACCCACAGCAAAACUCGCGGUGAUGAUGGACCAACACUCUUAGUACCCUCAAAGCUCUCAAGUGUAUCUGUUUUUUACAUCAUAGGUUUAAAAUACUGGCCCGAUGGUCUGUAUGGCCUUCCCAUGGCUGCUAGUGGCUGUCCAAAUGAUCCCUCUGUAAACUGGAGAUUGGGUACCCUGUACCAAGACUGUGAAGACACAGACCCGGAAACCCAUCAUUCAUUCAGCUUCAAUUUACAAGCUUCUAUAAUACAAGGCGAUGUUGAGCGGUCGUUUUGCAUGAAAACUACCACUUUCUUCGAUUCAAGAAGAAAAGCGUGGCCCCCUGGAAAAUACUGCAUCUAUCUCUCAGGAAGGUCAUGUCCCUUGGGAAUGACUGUAGGUUGGAUUGUGUGGGAUGACGAAAAUGCUUCUAUUCCUGGAACAAGCAACAGAAACCAUCACAAUGGUACAUUGCCAGCUGGAAAGUACGACAGCAAUACGUGAGUACCUUAAAAAUAAUAUAGUCCCUCUCUUUUUUUCUUUCCUCCCAACCUAUUUCGACGCCUGCUAGAGUUAGGCUAAAAAAUGGUUUUAAAAUGGUACUUACAGGUUUUCAGGGCGUCCUGGCAGAGUACCAGAGACCGCUUAAACUGGGUAAGGUUUUGAUCAUGCGUUUGGCAUAGGCACAGGUAAAGCAAAUAAAUGUGCGAGUGACUUAAAUUGAAGUAAAGCAAAUUGUGCAACCGAACUGUGGGCCCUACAAACGACUACGGGACACAUAUUCAAACGGCUCUUGCUCAAGUUCCCCUCCCGUGGCCCAGUAGACGGACGCUGCAUGGUAGUUUCGAUGCCGAUGGUUUCAGUACUCUUUGAGUUCGUGUAAAGUUGACUGUUUCACAAUCUUGUCUUCAAAUCUGACUUGUCGUCCGCAAGUUAUUCCUGCGCCCGUUCCUGCAGGCGUCAUUUCACGGGGAUACCAAAAGUGGCGACGCGAAAUGUCGGUUGUUUUCUCAGGCUGCCGAAAUAGAACCUUGAAACUGAAAUCCAGGAUUCAACUAUAAUGCGAAGAGUAGACGAACGCCCUAUACAAGAGAGGUCCAACUACAGCCGGAAGGUUUUUUGAUUGUGAGCUCGUCAGUAAUAUAUGAUGAUGUUGGAUGAUGAUUGAAAGUACCAGUUAGCUUGUGAACAGCUUCCCGUUUUGGGGUAAGGGGUUGAAAAGCGCGAGAAGACGGCAAGGGAAAAAAUGAAAGAGAGGAUGUGUGGCAGUAAUGUCAUUUCCCACUUCGUAGUCCCUCGCUCUAUAAUACUUUCCCUUUCUACUGGUAUGCGUUACAACAGGGUACAAACAGUAAACUCCAAAACCCGUGUGCGACCAAACCUGGACCCUGGUCAGGGAUGGAUUCACAGAGCAACGUAAAAAAAUGACGCUUAAUUUAUUAAAUGCUUUGCGACUCUUCAGAGUGGGCAGAUCUCAAUGCUAGAAAUCAGUUUCCGGGACUUUCGCUCGUCCUUCUAAAAUAUAAGUCGUUUAUUAACGGCUGAUAGCCCUCGAAGACUGACCUUGCCUAUGAUCUAAGUCAAAGCUCUUUGCUGUAUUUUUCAUUUCUUUUCAUUCGGCACCAUAUUAAUUGCAGUUAAUACUUUUAAUCAAACAGCCUUAUCUACUACUGCUGCAGUACAAGUGGUUCGGCCCAAUACCCUAUCAGCCUUCCGCUGGAGUCACCGUUCUAUCUUAUAGCGUACGGUACAAGGACAUGCCAGGCGGUAAGGGGGGCCAAAUCAACCUUGGAGUAUAUUUACUACGAGACAGAAAUUUUCACACUCAUGUCUAUGGACGAUUACGGCGGAGCACAUCCAUAUGGUGUUGCAAAGGGCGGGAAGGGACAUGUGAUUUUCUACUGUUAUUAUACCCGUAAGUAUAUAUUUUUUAGAUAAGUUAAUGGCCUCAACCAAGUGAAUAUAUUUUCCAGUGAAUACAAUGAAGCGAAGUUAUGUCCAAGGUACACCCGGCCAUCGCUAAGGACGCAUCGACUAUCUCCUCGGCCCUAUUCUAAUUAGGAACCUCAAUAUGAUAUCUUAAAACGUCCUUUUUUCUAGACUACGCGCAGUUUCUCUUUUUCUUCAGAUUUAGUAAGGCGAGUACACGCGCGCCGAGUGUUGUGCGGCGAAACCGCGAGACGCGAGAAACGAGGGCGCCAAGAAAGUCUUGGAUUCUGGAUUCCAAUCUUAAUCGAGAUUCCAGAUUCCUUGAGCUGAAUUCCAGAUUCCAAAGCGUAGGAUUUCGGAUUUGACGAGCAAAAAUUUCCGUAUUCCGGAAUCUGGAUUGCCUAAAAGGCGGCGACUUUUCAAAUUGGCCGCGAUGAAAAGUGAAUAAACUUACCUUCACUACUCAAUUUGUGCGCUGAUUUAAGGUCCUAAUUACAGCUAGCAAGAUUCUUGGACUUGCUUUGUAGCUCCGCCUCAAUCUAUCUUAUCCCUAUUGAGACAACUACAUACGCUAUGGAGAGACAUUGGCCGUAUUUAUACUAGAAGACGUCUUAGACGUCCAGACGCAUUAAACGUCUGAUUUUUAAGUGCGUCGUUAAGUGCGUCCCGUUUUUAUACUAGACGUCUUAAACGUCUGAGACGAAUAAUUCAUCUGUUCGACGCACUUAACCUCAGACGUUUUAUUCGCCUGACGAUUAAUGGCCGUUUUUAUGCUUGGACUUGCUUUGUAGCUCCGCCUCAAUCUAUCUUAUCCCUAUUGAGACAACUACAUACGCUAUGGAGAGACAUUGGCCGUAUUUAUAGUAGAAGACGUCUUAGACGUCCAGACGCAUUAGACGUCUGAUUUUUAAGUGCGUCGUUAAGUGCGUCCCGUUUUUAUACUAGACGUCUUAAACGUCUGAGACGAAUAAAUCAUCUGUUCGACGCACUUAACCUCAGACGUUUUAUUCGCCUGACGAUUAAUGGCCGUUUUUAUGCUACAGACGUUAAAGUCGUCUAGACGCAUUUAACGUCUGAGACGUUAAAGUCGUCUGUUAAGUGCGUCGUUCGGACGCACUUAACAGAAGACGUUAAAGUCGUCUGCCUUAUUUACCGUUUUUAUACUAGACGUUAAAGUCGUCUUAAGACGACUUUAACGUCUCAGACGACUUUAACGUCUCUAGCCAGGCUCCUGCUCUAGCAUAAAAACGGCCAAUGUGUCUGCCUUAUCUCCCGUAUUUAUCCUAAGUCGUCUAAGACGUUUUAAAGGUUUGAGAUGUCUUAGACAUCCUCUAGUAUAAAUACGGCUAUUAAGACUCCGUUAUUUGUUUAUUGUGUCUAGGUUUACUACCUUCUACACCUAUUAAACUGUACAUUUGUUUUUCUAGGGUAGAGACUGACUCUGAUCAUUAUCAUACUUUUAAUGAUUUUUCCUUUUCUUUUUGUUUGUUCUUGCUUUUUGUUUCCUGGUGAAGCUAUUUACUGCCCUCCACUGAAACGCCCUGAUAAUGGAAAGCUGAAACCCUUUCGCUGUGGUGAGAGAAAUAACAACAAAUUCAACGACACCUGUUCAUUAAGUUGCAAUCCUGGGUACAUACCCGAAAAUCCCGCGGGCCAAGUAACCACGUGUUUAGAGAACGGAACUUGGAGUAACCCAUAUCUCACUGGUUGCAAACGUAAGAUAGUGUUCAUUGUUAUAUUAUAUGAUGGACUUAAGGGGUAAAAUCAACACCUUGUUCUGAUUAGUCUCUUACUGUAUGGGUUUUAUUUGUACCAGACUUUCGCCUAUCUUGAGUUGACAGCCACUCAUUUUAAAAUGAACUUGAAAUUGAUACCUUUCUUGGAACUGAUAUUAAUUUUUCUUUGAGCGUUGCUGCGUACCGUUUUCGUUUGGCGAUGAUCAUCUUUGUAUUAACGAAAAAGUCUGGGAAACGAAGUUGUGAGACUACAAGAAAGAUUUAAAUAUAGUGAUUAUCAGAAGAGCUUUUUGAAGAGGGCGGAGGUGAUCCUGUUACAUUGCGAUGAUAAUGAUGAUGAUGAUGAUGAUGACGAAGACGAUGAUGAUCAGGGUUGAUGCUAAUGAUCACCGUUAUUGUCAUAGUUUUAUUUCUUAUAACUUAUUGCUUUACUGAAUGUUUUUCAGGUUCUUUUCAAAAUAUUACAGCAUCACCAGUUACAAAAUACCUAACAACGUCUUCAACGCCAGUUUUGAGUUGGACACAGUCACGUUUACAGCAGACCACAGCGUCCACACCGCUAAAUCUCAGUACCACGUCUUGUUUUGUAUCGCCUCCCAGUAUCACUGUCAGUUCAAGCGUCAUUCAAGUUUCCCGCGCUUCAUCCCUGUGGAGUAGCACCACACCAUCUCCUACCCUACCCUCUGUUGGUAGUAGUAUACCACCCGUGGAGGAGGAGGUUGGGUCAUCGUAUAAUACCCUACAAGACACCAAUUUCUUGAUCGGAGCGAUAGCUGGCGGUGCACUACUCUUGGUGAUCAUAAUCCUAUCGCUUGUUAUUCGAAGGAGAAGGUAA